AUGGUGUACCCACCAUAUUAUCGCUUGGCAGUCUUCCUACUCCACCUCGCAGCAGUGACCCAAUCUACCACCAACUUGAUAUUCCACACAGUCUUUUCCAAUCCCUGCAGCAACCAAUGUGAGGAAACUUGCAUUCAAUCCACAAGCAUUUUCACCGAGGGCGACUGUUAUGCCGGCGACCGCCAGUACGGCCUCGCUGGUGCGGCACCGCAGAGUCGCUGGCAUUCCUAUCGUGUCAUCGACAACGGACAAGUGUGCAAAUCCACGUACCUGGAUGCACUUUGCAUGGAACAAGUAUCCGAUUGUCUGGACACGGACUCUUUGGAAGAUCCUUUUGAAAAAUUGUGGGCCCGACCUCCUGUCAACAGUAGCACUUGUUUAAACAAGACUGUGGUCCGAGAUCAAGUACUGGAGCGAGAGCUAUUUGAUGUUCACCUAGAUUGGUGUAUUCCAAACGACAGGACAAGCAACAUUUUCUCGUAUCCCCAAAGCAGCAAUUACACCACCCCCCUAAUCACUGAGCGAUUCUAUCCAGACGAAGAGUCCUGCAUGAGAGGCUAUCAAGAAAUAGCCAUUGCAGAUUUGCCAACUGCUCGAAUACGGCCCAGAUAUUUGGCCGAUGAGGAUCUCUGUGUAACGGAAAACAGAACCAGGUGGGGAUAUGGAAGCCUGAAACUCUACUGCAGCAAUCAGGCAUUCUAUCGCCAACAAUACACGGACUUUGAAUGCCAAAGCCCCAGCACCCCCAUGAGGGCUGGAACUUGCCUUCGCAAUUUUGGACAGGAUAGUACGACAGUGGAACGGUGGUCUCGCAUCGACUGCCACCAACCCACCUAUUUCUGCAAGGAUGUGGCCGCAGUGGCACCCUAUCGAUACACCCGCCUGGAACGGCCUUCAGCAUCUCCCACCAACAUGCCUAGUGGUAACCCCUCUACAACUCCUAGCACGAGUGGAAUGCCAUCGCAAAGCCCUUCUUGGGUCCCAUCAUGGCAACCCUCAAUAUCAGAGACUCCAACCCUUCAUCCAACUGCGAGUUCAUCGGUGACCACAAGUCCCUCCCACAAGCACUCUCUUGUCCCAUCACCACUACUCCACCCCACAUUCGCCCAAUCUAGCACCAACUUGAUUUUCCACACUAUUUUUUCCAAUCCCUGCAGUGACCAAUGUGAAGAAACUUGCUCUCAAUCAACAAACAUUUUCACGGAGGGUGACUGUUAUGCCAGUAACUCCCAGCGCGCCCUUGCUGGCGGGGCACUCCAGAGUCGAUGGUAUUCCUAUCGUGUCAUCAAUAACACACAAGUGUGCAAAUCCACCUACCUGGAUGCCCUUUGCACCGAACAAGUAUCGGAUUGCCUCGACACAGACUCUCUGGAAGAUCGUUUGGAAAAACUGUGGGCCAGGCCUCCUGCCAACAGUAGCACUUGUUUGAACAAGACUGUGGUCCGAGAUCAAGUACUGGAGCUAGAGCUAUUUGAUGUCCACCUAGAUUGGUGUAUCCCAAAUGACAGGGAAAGCAACAUUUUCUCCUAUGCCCAAAAUUACAAUUAUACCAUUCCCCUAAUCACAGAGCGAUUCUAUCCAGAUGAAGAGUCGUGCCUGGGAGGCCACCAAGAAUUGCCUGUCACUGAGUUGCCGGCUGCUCGAGUGCGAUCCAGGUAUUUUGCUGAUGAGGGUCUCUGUGUCACAGAAAACAGAACUGUGUGGGGAUAUGGAAGCUUAAAACUAUAUUGCAACAACCAGGAAUUCUUUCGUCAACAAUACUCGGACUUUGAAUGCCAAAGCCCCAGCAUCCUCCUGAGGGCGGGAGUGUGCCUUCGCAAUUUUGGACUGGAUGGGAAGACAGUGGAACGAUGGUCUCGCAUCGACUGCCACCUACCCACCUAUUUCUGCAAGGAUGUGGCCGCAGUGGCACCCUAUCUAUACAUGCGCAUGGAACGGCCUUCAGCAUCUCCCACCAACAUGCCUAGUGGUAACCCCUCUACAACUCCCACCAUGGGUGGAAUGCCAUCGCAAGAGAGCCCUUCGUUGGUCCCAUCAUUGCAACCAUCAAUAUCAGAGACUCCAAUCCAUCAUCCAACUUCAAGUUCAUCGGUGACCACAAUUCCUUCCCAUGUGCAUUCUCUUGUCCCAUCAGCAACAACAUCCGAUUCUCCUAGUCAGCGUUCAAUAUCGAUUUUGUUGCCGGCAAGUCCCUCCAAUAAUCCUUCCCUGACACCAUCACGCCAACCGCCGGAGACUCCAAGUCUUCACCCAUCUUGGAAUCCAUCAAAAGGACCCUACAAUGCUCCUUCACGGACUCCUUCCGCUGGUCCUUCGAUUUCUCCCACUUUUCUCGGCGUUCCAACUUCCAACGUCUCCUUGGCGCCUUCCCUCCCAACACUGGUGCCAAACAAUACGGAAACGAAUACAACAAGAACAUCCACGACUGUAACCCAAAAGCAAGAGGGGGGCAACACUGAAACUAUCGAUAGGGAGGAUGCAAAAGACAGCGAUGCGGUAGAUGUAUCCAAGGGAUCCAAGCGACUCUCAGGAUUGUGGCUACUGCAAACGUUGUCUUGGCUUCCAUUGGUUGCAGCAUGGGCCAAUCCUUGA